AUGAGCUCCAGCCAGCCAGGGCCCUGCCCAUGCCAGGGUGCUGCAGGCCGCCCAACCAUUCUGUAUACACUUCUGAGCCCCAGCAUCAGGGACCGGCCCUCCGUUGCCCCAGCCCGCGGCCGCUGCCUGUGCAGGCAGCACCGGCCUGUCCAGCUAUGUACGCCCCAUCGCACCUGCCGGGAGGCCUUGGAUGUUCUGGCCAAGACGCUGGCCUUCCUCAAGAACCUGCCGUCUUUCUGCCAGCUGCCCCCCCAGGAUCGGCGGCAGCUGCUGCGGGGCUGCUGGGGGCCCCUCUUCCUGCUGGGGUUGGCCCAAGACACUGUGACCUUCCAGGUGGCCGAGGUCCCAAUGCCUAGCAUACUCAAGAAGAUCCUGCUGGAGAAGCCCAGCAGCGGGGCAGGCGGCAGCCAGCAGCCCGACCGGCCCCAGCCCUCGCUAGCUGAGGUGCAGUGGCUGCAAUGCUGCCUGGAGUCCUUCUGGAGUCUGGAGCUGAGCCCCAAGGAAUAUGCCUACCUGAAAGGGACCGUCCUCUUCAACCCUGACUUGCCAGGUCUCCACGCCUCCUCCCACAUCGGGCACCUGCAGCAGGAGGCGCACCAGGCACUGUGGGAGGUCCUGGAGCCCUGGUGCCCUGUAGGCCAAAGCCGCUUGGCACGUGUCCUCCUCACGGCCUCCACCCUCAAGUCCAUUCCACCCAGCCUGCUUGGAGAUCUCUUCCUUCGCCCUGUCAUUGGAGACGUUGACAUCGCGGACCUCCUUGAAGAUAUGCUUUUGCUGAGCUGA